CACUUCCGACAGUCGAAGUCUGUUUGAGCUAGCCAUGAGAUUGGCGGCAUAAUAACGAGAUAUUUUCUGGACUCUCUUACCCUCACAUUCAUCCGUUAUUCAGCACUCAUACUCAGUACCGUUACCGAACCUGGUGCUUCACGACGACACGACCUUGUUCUUUUAGUUGUUUAGAUUCAUCAAGCUUUUCAUACUUCUAAUUGCUGAAUCGGGGCUCACGCAUUAUGCCUACUCAAGAGCUUAUAGAGAAAGAAGCAUACUUCAAAGAGCAAGACCUCUUGGACCUCACCGAUGAUGAAACUGGCUUUCCAGACGAGGGCUUCGCAUAUGUCGAACGUGCGUUGAUGGAUUCAGAAGCAAUGCCGCCACCGAAGCCCGAACGACGACCGAGCAGCUUUCUUGGACCGACCCCAAGAGAAAGACAGGCAGACUUUGAGACACACGCUGCACGACGACGUUCAGUGUCAAGGAGUGACGCCCAAACGCUCGUUCGCUCUUCGACAGACCCCAGUCCGGAGAGUAGUAGAAGUUUUUCAGUCACCAAGUUAUCACGAGAAUCAUUGGUUUCUGAAACAGGCCUGAGCAAGAACAUCAAGAGAGUAAUUUCGAUGCCAGAUCUGUUUGAGAAGAAUCAGGUCCCAUUUUACAAGGUGAUGGGCGUGAUACCACGAGAGUUGAAACACGGAAAGAAUGCCAAACCAGCGGAAAACAUCAAACUGGAGCCUGCGCGUAAGCAAUUGCUUCAGGGAAGAGUUGUGUAUUUCUAUCCAAACGACGAUAUCAGCAUGGUACGGCGAACACGCAUACACAAGGUGAUACAACUUGGAGCAGCAUGGGUUACGAAGUGGAGAGACGACAUCACUCAUAUCAUGGUCGAUGAUGCAAAUCAUACGUAUAGCCAGUUACUACGACACUUUAAUAGAGCAGGCUUUCCAAGGAGAAUCAUUCUGGUUAGAUUCGAUCCAUACAUACCACAAUGCAUACAGUACGGAACGUUGUCUGAUCCUACACUCAGCCGGUUUACUGUCAAGGGUGCCCCGCUACGGAGUCAGACAAGUGAAACAAUGGAAUCCUCGCAAAUCUCGACCCCAACACAGACCUCGCUCAAGAUCAAGCCAUCGAAAAGGCAGAUGGGGGUCCAAGGAUCUCAGAAGACCGACUCAAUCCCGACUGGGGAGAGCAUGCCUUCAACUCAGCUAGUGGCAACGGUACUCUUCACCCCAGACGAGGAAACAAUCGAAGACAGCUUUGUGAUGCCCUCAGAGCCGAAUAAAAGGUCGAACAAGUCAGAAACGUCUGCGCCUACUUGUAAUGAUGCAUUAUCGCAAGCCAUACAGGAGGCAAAAGCUUUGGCCCAUCUCCCUCUCGACGAAGAUGAAGAUGCAGAAGUAUCACUACAAAGCUUUGUAGAUGAAGACUCCGAUAGUGGAACCGAUGAUGAAUCUGUAUUGAACUCUCGAAAGAAGUCGAAGGUCGUGUCUACAACACUCCUAUCCAAUCGCACUUCGAAGCGAGGCUUCGAUCAAAGCAACUUUCAAUGUAUGAACCCAAACAAUGGCGAUCUAUCUUCUCAAAACCCCAACGCGCGAACCAUCCAAGUCCUCGACGAAAUGUGCAAGUACUACGAUAAAAUGCAAGACCAAUGGCGUACCCUGGCCUACCGCAAAGGCAUUACUACCCUCAAAAAGCAGACCACCAAGAUCACUUGCGCGAAACAAGCUGCAACCCUACCAUUCAUUGGUACUCGUCUCGCCAACAAAAUCGAAGAAAUAGUCUUGACAGACCGACUCCGGAAGUUGGACAGUACGCGCGACGACCCCUUGGACCAGGUGUUGCGUCUCUUUCUAGGUGUCUAUGGUGCCGGAUUGCAGCAGGCAAACAAAUGGAUCCAAGCAGGUCACCGCACACUCGAAGAUCUGCACACGAAAGUCAAACUCACAGACUCGCAAAAAGUGGGCGUGGAGCACUAUGCAGACUUCAACUCGCGGAUACCGCGCGCAGAAGUCGAAGCACACGGCGCAAUUGUGAAGAACGCGUUAAGGAAGAUCGACACAAAGUUUGAAGCAACGAUUAUGGGUAGUUAUAGGCGUGGCACAAAGGACUCGGGCGACAUCGAUCUCAUAAUAUCCUGUCCGAGGACUUCUCUCGCAACUUUGCGGACUGUGAUCUUCGAGACACUCGUCCCGCAGCUGUUCAAAGCCGGAUUCUUGAAAGUCGCGUUGGCGACGUCGCGCUCCAACGAUUCCACAGGGACAAAGUGGCACGGUGCUUCUUGUCUGCCUUCAUCCAAGACUUGGCGCCGUUUGGAUCUUUUGCUCGUGCCAGAAGGGGAGAUAGGCGCUGCGCUUCUCUACUUUACCGGGAAUGACAUCUUUAAUCGCAGUAUGCGGUUGCUGGCCCGGAAGAAGGGAAUGAGGCUGAAUCAGAAAGGGUUGUAUAAAGAUGUCAAGAGAGGGAGACGAGGAGAGAAGCUGAAUGAGGGUGUACUGGUUGAGGGUCGGAAUGAGAAACGGAUUUUCGAGGUUCUUGGUGUACCGUGGAGGGAACCUCAUGAGCGGAUUUGCUAGCGUUGGAGUAGGUAUGAGACGGAUGAGAUAGAGAAGGACAUCACACGUAGUCAUUGGAAAGUGGCAGGACAUAUAUCAGGACCUGUAUUAUCGCCCUAGCAGUAGUGUCUUAAACGUCACACUUGAGGACAGAGGGAUUUUGUUCAGGAUGUCAAGAUGUUUUGAUCCAGGUGAGGAAGCCAGCGCGCAGCAUCUUGCGGUCCUUGUAGGCAGUGAGGGGCAAUGCCAAUUG